AUGGCUUACGAAAUAGGCGGAAUGUUCGCACAACAACCGCAUCAACAUCACAGUAUCUGGUCAUCCGGUGCAGUUCAGCCAUAUGGAGGCUCUACGGGUGUUAUACCGACGAUGAGCAGUCUACUCGGCGGCAAUGCAUCAUAUAUGGCAAAUCAUCAACUAGAAUUACACCAACCAAAAGCAGAAUCGAUCCAGGGUUACGGUCAGCUAACGUGGCUAUCAGGCAAAGCUGGUCUAAUAACAUGCAAAAAUAAAAUGGUCAUUUCGUUCCAAAUCAAGGAUUUCUGCGAUCAGAUGCUCACAGAUCUAACGUCAGUUCUACGCGUUGGCUUUACUUUAUCCUUCCAAGCGUCACUUAACGAAACAAACGAAUAUACAGCAACCCUUGUACAUCCACUCUAUGGACCUGUAUGUUUUAGAAGAUGCGAAAAACUAAAUGGCUCUUGAGA